UCAAGAAGACGAUCUGAUCAAUGCGAACAUGUUUUGCUCGCCCACACGAUAAUGGUCUCGAAAUUGGUGGACGAGAUUACCCAGUUUCACGAUCAAUGUUCAAUUUUGAAGCAGAUAAAUUGGGAUACAACUAAAGUCUUACACGAAAUCCGUAAUUCGGGGUGUUUACCUCAAGAUAGUGACUCGGCAUAUUUGAUACCAGAUGAGGAUUUGGAAGCCUUAUCGCCUGUUUGUGAAACUUUGCCAACUAUCGUUGUUAUAGGGCAAAGUCUGUAUGCAAAGGUGGUUGUAGUCAAUCAGAUUCUCGGAGAAGCAGUCUUGCCUGAUGGCGAUGAUAUUGAUAAUUCGGAAUCAUGGCGAACAAUUCGUCUAAAAUUUGGGCCUCGCGGAGUGAGUUUGGUUUUGCCCGAUAGCUAUGUGCUUGCAUCAACUCUCAGUUCAUUUGAACGGGAAGGACAGUGUGUUCCUAGAAGUGAUUUAGAGUUGAAAAAUGGUGACAAAUUAGAUCCCGCAUUAGCUUCAUCGGUCGCGGAGGUUACUCUACCUCAUCCGUUGUUAAAAGCGGGUGCCCAGAUAGUUUGUUCGUCUACAGGCCUUGACUCGACAACGGAACAGUUGGAACAAAAUGUUAAAGCCUAUUGUGAAGGCGCUAUACCUAUUGUUAUCUAUGCUGUAGAACAUGAAGAAUUGAGUGAACAGGACGUCUGCCAAUUGUCACAUAUCCAGGCAUUGGACCCAGAUCGUAGUAUUUUCUUUGCAAAAUGCCACCGAAACACUCAGGACUCCACAGAAUCUGACAGAGAAUUUAUCUCAGGGCCUUUAAAUCAAAGUGGAAGUGAUAAAAUAUCUCAACAGCUGUGUGAUCUUGGAUUUUUAUCUACUGAUACUAUCAAUGAUUCCCCAGCAAAAAAUGAAAAUAAUGGCAAUCUCACUAUGAGAAAGUCUGAAAUUACAAGGUUGAAGCCAAAAAGCAAACUCAUGAAUGGGAUUUCAAAGUUUUCUGAAUUUGAAACGUAUUUACACAAUGUAUUACAAUAUGAACUGCUUGUUGGUGCUUCAGUUCUAAAUGAACACCAUAGCCGUAUCUUGGGCAUGUUCAUCGCAACUGCAUAUGAUCUGCAACGGGACAUGAUAAUUACACCUAAGAGAUUGGAAUAUGCUAAGAAGAAAGAAGAGGAACUGUUUCACGCUAUGAUGGACAGUGCUAGUAGAAAACAAGAAGAAAUCAAAGCAGAAAUUCGUCUAACUAUUACAUCUCUCACACCAAAACUAGUCGAGGAAGCUGCUGCUAUGGAGUUUGUUGGUGUUGAAUUGACAGACAGUGAUGAGCUUGUCAACUCCAGUGAUAUUAGUAAAUGCACAUAUCAACUUAAAGAUCUUCUGCUUAAGGAGUUAAAUAAGUCUUUGGCUUUAAAGCUGCUGGAUUCAGUUCAAUGUUUGAAAGAAAGCUUUCUUGGUACAUUGCAAAGAUGUAUUGAAAGUUUAGAAAGUUAUGACAAAGAAGAGAAGAGUAAAGAAGAGAACAUCCAUGCAGUUAGUGCUUUUAAACAGAUUCUAGAUUCAGCGUACCAAAUGGAGGCAACGACAAGGACGGUUAAUCUUGCUCGAUUUUUAUUUGAGAAAAUCCAGCAAGCGUUGACCAUGCUACCUCGCAAAACUCCUGUGAAAGUAGAUGUCGAAUGGAAGAAGAAAGUCUCGCUUGAUUUACUCGCCAAUCUCAGUGAUUCAAAACUCGCCAAAAACUUGUGUUCUCAGUUCAAGCAACGACUACGGAAUUCCCACGACUCUUUUUCAGCAUCCAUGAAAAUGAUUGCUAUGUACCACGGCGGACGACUGGAGAAAACGGGAAACGGACUGGAGAAAGUGCGUAAGAAUUACGCGCCUAAAGUUGCGCGACUUGUUCUUGAAAGUACGUCGCUGCGUGAUCUAAUACUUUACGGUACGCCCCAAAUGGGUCGGGAAAUUGGGCGUGGUCAGUACGGUGUGGUGUAUGCAUGUGACAAGUGGGCUGGUUCUGGACCUUGUGCCUUAAAAUCUGUUGUUCCUCCUGAUGAUAAACAUUGGAACGAUCUCGCUAUGGAAUUUUGCUACACCAGAGCUUUGCCUCGCCAUGAUCGUAUUGUUGGUUUACUUGGUUCCAUCAUUGAUUACAACUAUGCUGGCGGUGGUUGUUGUCCCGCCGUGUUGCUAGUGAUGAACAGGUUAACUCGGGAUUUACACCAUGGUUUGAAGAAUGGUUUGCAUUUCUCGAUACGACUGCAGAUUGCUUUGGAUGUCAUUCAGGGAAUACGAUUUCUGCACAGCCAGGGUUUAAUUCAUCGUGAUAUUAAACUUAAGAAUGUGCUGCUUGACAAUGUUCAUCGAGCUAAGAUAACAGAUCUUGGCUUUUGCAAACCCGAGGCAAUGAUGUCUGGUUCAAUUGUCGGCACACCAAUUCACAUGGCACCAGAAUUGUUUUCAGGAAAAUAUGAUGGUAGCGUGGAUGUGUAUGCGUUUGGUAUUCUCUUUUGGUACAUAUGCUCAGGUCAAGUUCGGUUGCCUGUCAAUUUCGAACAAUGUGCCAGUAAAGAUCAAUUGUGGUCUUGUGUGAAGAAGGGAACCCGUCCAGAACGUUUGCAACAAUUUGAUGAGGAAUGUUGGAAAGUUAUGGAAACGUGUUGGCAUGGUGUGCCAGAGGAGAGGCCUUUACCCGGAAGCAUUGAAAUAACACUACAGCGUAUGUCUGAAAGAUUUCAAAAUCAAAAGAAAGCAAAGCGGAAAUAACUUCUUACAGUAGUUUCCACUUAAGUAAGCGGAGGGUAUAUUCUGCAUGUAUAUAGAUUUUCAAUGAUAAAAUUAUUGGCAAAUUUUUAGGAAUACCGCAUGUAAAUCGUGAUUUCUACGUUGUUCAAAAGAAUGACUUAUUGUCACAUGUGUGUAUACCACACCAAUAUCUAGUGUGGUCAACUAAUAAAUACUUCACGUAAGUGUGAAACAAUGUACAUAUGUGAUGAUGAGGCAAUUAUGUUUAUGACGUAAUCUCGAGCCAACACAGCAGUAAAACCAGCAUCCAUUGUAUUCCUUCAGUAAUGAUACGCCUUUUUUAUUUGUUCUUUAUAGGGGCAUACAAAAUCAAAACGUACUUAUGCAUGAACUUAAUAUUAAGGAAUCAAAACUAGUUUAUAGUGUAAUUUUUGACGAUAUGGUUAUUUGCAUGCAUGUCUAUAGAAUGUUUUAAGUAGGAAUUAAGUCGUGAUUCACAAGGCCGUUGCCUUCCAAUGCGGAUCUGCACACGACCAUUCUCUAAGCUUUCAUUUCAUGUUUCGUGCACUAGAGCAUUUGGAGAGAGGAUAAGGUAAUAAGGGACUGGGAUCAGAGAUAAAUACACUCUCGUGCACGAAACACGAGGUGAAGAGAUUAACCUGGUGUCCCCAGCUUUUUACUCGAGCGUGGGAAAGUAAAUAUUACAUUAAUUCCUUAUACUUUUGGUGAAAACAUGAAUUAUGAACUAAUUAGAUGUGGUAGUAUGUGAAGGUUGGAAAUAACUGCAUGUAAUCUGCAAGUCUGUAUUUUGUUUUAUUUGAAU